AUGCACCUUCUUCUUAUCCGUCAUGGCGAAAGCGUGGACAACGUAGCUGGCCUCUACGGCGGCUCUCGCGAUGCCGGCUUGACCACCCACGGUGCCCUGCAAGCACAGCGAUUGGCGUCGAGCCUGGCCGCGUCCAAGUUGCAGGUCAAGCACAUCUUCUCCUCCAACCUUGAUCGGGCGGUCAAGACGGCCAACGCUGUAUGCGAGUCUCAGAACAAGACGCACCAGUCUGCGCUGGCUGUCGUCCAAGUGGCCGAGCUUCGAGAGAAGCACUUUGGCAACUGGGAGGGCGUCAAGUUUGCAUCUGGAUCCGCCGACCACAGGCCAGUGCAGACGGGUGCCGAGACGAUGGAGUCGCUCAAGGCGAGAUGCGGUGCCUUCUUGGAAAACCACCUUGCUCCCGUCCUCACCGCCGCCAUGGUCGAGCACGAGAAGAACUGCGUGGUUGUCGUUGGCCACGGCAUCAGUCUCGGAGUGCUGACAUUGGCUCUGGCCAAGAAGCUCAGCAGCACUGGCGCCACGCGUGAUGCCCCCGGGGACGCCGUCUCGAACCAACUCGCCUCUACGAGGAUAUCCUGGAGCAACACGGGCUACGCGGAUCUCGUCAUUUCGAAAUCCGAUGCCGCAGUUGACGUUGCAGCCGGCGGCAACCCAUGGUUUGGACUCGAGCUCCGUGUCGCGCAGAUCAACUGCACCACACAUCUCGCAGGACUUCGCAAGACUCGUGGCGGAAUCGGCAGCGCCGCCCACGACGAGAAACAGAAGACCAUUGAGGGUUACUUCACUGCCUUUUCGCGGAAACGCAAGGCAGACAACUGA